AUGCUUAAGGCCAAACACCUGUCAUCUACUGGUCGCGAUGAUAUUACCUCGAUUCUGCCGAUUACCGAAACGUCCAAAAUCUUGGCCUCCAACCGAGAUGGGCAUGUGCUAGUGUACUCUUACGAAGGCCACUCGUUGCGUCUUACGCAAACGUACAACCAUCUAAUGAAAAACAACGGAUUAGAUACCACGAUCUUCAACCUACUGUACUCCAAUCAAUUGAGUACAGUGUUCGCGGUAUGCGCAAAAAGCAUUGUGCUGUUGAACAGCACGAAUUUGAACCAAUUCGAUAGAAUUGUGGAAAAAAGGGGAAUCAAACAAGCAUGGGUGUUUGAACAACCUUCUGCUAAACAUGAAACUACUACUGCACUGCUCUUGCAACCCCACAAGACUGGAACGUUGAAGAUUUUUCUUUGGAAUGACCGCACCUUCAAGAACGUUUCUGAAAUAAGUCUUGGCCACAAGGGCGAACAAAUAGUUUCAAUGGAAAUGGACCGCAACGGGUUUGUGCUGGCAACUAACAUGGGUUACUAUUACUGGAGAAUAAAAGAUCUUUCUUUACAAAAACUCACGAAAACUGUCGCCCCAACCUGGCCCAAGGGCAUUCAUGAAGCGCUGGAAGAACUGGAAAAAAUCGCAGUCUCCGAUAAAAAUGGGUACCACCACGAUAUGGCUUCCGUAUCAAGCAGGUCACUCGUUUCACGGAAAAUAAGUAUGGGCAAUUUUUUUCAGCGCAAAGAUGUUCGUAGCGGGUUAGACAAGGCACAGUUCAUUUUCCAUUCAUCGUCCCAUCCGCGAAUGACUAUACUCGAUGGUGCAUCCCGAAAGAGGCUAGAAGUCACAGCGAGCUCAUCACACGAGCCUUAUUUGGCGGCAACAUCUGAGUGGGGCCAUUUUAUCGAAGCCAAUAGACAGUUUGAUGAUAUCCAAUACUUUUCGUCAAACUUCCUAAUACUAAGUAACAGGGAGACAAUACGAAUAGUCGAUUCCCAUUAUGGCUUCAGCUUUUUAGAGAUCAACGUCAGGGAAGGUAUCAGGAAGGUCUUCACCACACAGGAUUCAAUUCUUCUGGUGUGGACGGAAACCGACAAUCUAACACUGUACGAGCUGACGGUAAGUGAUGAGCCCACGAGCGUUUCUGAUAGCGAGGAUGAUUUCAUUGCGGUGGAGGAAGGCGGCUCACGACGGAUGCUCAAGGCAAUUACAUUUUACCAGGCUCUGCUCGAUCACAAAGGCCCAUUUUCGCUGUGUGACAGCUCCAAGUGCGACGACGUCGAAGAGACUCUUGACUUUUACGCUUUAAAACUGCGAGAUUUAGUUGUCUUGUGGAGCUUUUCGAGCUUUGACAGGUGCCAGAGGUUGCUCGAAAGGCCUCACCAUGCAGCAAAAGUUCAAGCAAGGCUGCUAGGCUUGCAAGAGCUGAUUAUCAAAGGGAUAUUCGAUAAUCUCAUAAAAUUCUUGGCGCCGCCGGAACUAGUAAUCGGCCACUGUUUUUCAGGGUCGAUGGCGAGAUUAUUAAAUCAAGAAAUCACAGAAGAGUUGAUCCAUCACAAAGGCAUUCACGCGAGUAACUUUCCCGCUCAUAUCAUGAAUAAAUGGUGUCUACCUUACCUUACAGACAUUAGACGAAACCUUCACAAUCUCGCUAAAAAUGGCACGAUUAUAUGGGAAUAUGAGAAGAGAUCAAUUAAAGUGGACAUCCAGUUUUUCUUGCUAGAUCAUCAUAGAGAGCGAAGCAUUGAUGCUCUCCUAAAACUGGUUGACACCUCAAUUUUCAAAAUAUACCUCGACUUCAACCCUGCCAUGUUGGGGCCCUUCACAAGGGUGCCAAAUUCCUGUGAUUUUGAGACAGUGGUGGAAGAACUAUCCAAGACUAUGAGAGUUCAGGAGCUGGUAGAUUUCUAUUUUAUGCGAGGCAAACACGACCUAGCUUUGAAGCUCUUGACCGAGCUAGAGAAUGAUCUAAGACUGGCGCACCCUGAAACAAUCGCAGCGGACAUCAAAAUGCUAGUCGUCGAUUACCUCAAGAAACUGCCCCAAUCUGCGUUAUCGACUAUUUUCGAAUACACCAAUUGGCUGAUCAAAAAGUUUCCACAGGAUUCUGGGAUAAUCAUUACAAGCAUUUUCAUGAACUUUAGCCCGAAUUGUGCCACUUUGAACACUUCCAGAGUCUAUGAGUAUAUUGAUAACAUCGAUACUGAGUUGUCUCUCAAGUAUUUAGAGUUCAUCGUUGACGCUUUCGAUUCUUCAGAAAAAACCGUCUACAUGAAACUAAUUGAGAGGUACAUGCAAAAAUCUCACGAGCCAAAAGUUGCUCGUAAAUUGGAGGCCAUCUUGAGAUCUGAGGAUUCGUACGAGCCCCGCGGUGUUAUACGGAUACUUGAUAAUGCUCUUACUGAAAGCUCCCGAUCAAACGAGUCUAUCACUUUGAUUAAAAGACUAAAAACAUACCCUUUAAAAAGGCUAGGUGAACAUCAUGAGGCUCUCCACAUUAUCUUUGAAGAGUUAUCUAGCUACACACUCAGCGCUGCCUACUGUUCUGAUGUUUAUCAUCAAGAUUCUCGCGCAGGCGUGAAGGUGUUCAGUACUUUUUUCGACAUGGUUGUCAAAAAGAGCAAGAAGGACGAUGCGGGAUCUCGCACGAUUCUCCGAUUUCUCGAAGAGUUUGGGUUCAGACUUGAUAGUGCAGAAACAUUAGCAAAAACGCCCGCUGACAUAUCUCUAAAGGAUGUUCAGCAAGUUCUUGCUAAGGAAAUCGAAACUUCGUCAUUGAGGAAAAAUAGGGUGAGGAUGGAAAAGAACCUUUUACAAGUGGAGCUUGUAGACAAGACUUACGAGCUCAACAAAGAGCUUUCCAAAUACUGUAUCAUUAACGAAGAUCAAAAGUGCUACGUCUGUCACAAACGCCUGAAAAGCAGCCGUGAAACAAUGAUUAUGUGGUUUCCUAAUGCUACAGACCGAGUCCUCACCCACUAUAACUGCCGGAAAGUUGUAGAAAGUAGCUGA